GUGACGCUGUUGGAACUACCAGCCUGCUACGGACUAAUACUCCAGGAUCUACCGCGUCUAUAUGAAGCCAGAUGGCACUUGUCUUAUUUUCAAACAUUUUCCAUCUGAAAUCACAGCGGAAGAAUGUGUUGAUUUCUUAAAAUCACUGGGAGCUACAACAGCUCAAUAUUUAGGACAUUCUGGUCCUCUAAAAUAUGUAAUAUUUCCUCUUUAUUUGUUUCAUUCUAAUUCAGCUUUAGUGUGCCUUCGCGGAAUUCACAUCCGAACAACAUGCGUGGAAUAUUAUCAAAAAUCUACAUCAGAAGAGAAUAUUGGACAGACGUCUUUCAGUUGAAUUUACUCAAUCUGUAGAAUGGCAUAAAACAGCUGACUCAAAUAAGUCGUCCGAAAAAGAAUGUCCUCCUACUACUAUGAGUGCUUUUUCUCCUAUGUGGGAUCCAUCCUACAGUGGACCCUCACAGCUGUAUUAUGAUUACCCUUCUGUAUCGCACAGUGUGUUAACAAACAUAGUGCGAUCGUUGGCCUCCUGUCCAGCAUUUUAUAAUCAGGUACUCCAUAUAAUGAACAAGCUUCAUCUACCGCCACCUUUUGACGAUCCAGAGCAUUUUCCUGGGGAUUAUCUGGUCAUUUCAGCGACAGACUACGCGAAAAUGCAAGCAAUAAUAGAUAACUUAAAAAACGUUCCAAGAAAAGAUCACAAUGACAUAGAUUCGAAUGCAGAAGAGAUGGAUUUAUCUAGUGGGCCAGAGUCCGAACUUGCUUCUGAUGAUGAGAUUAAAACGACUUCACAGCAACAAAAUAUUCCAGUCAGAAAACGUCUAAGAGUGCACAAAAAACUGUCAUCUGCAUCUUCUGCCCGUUAUCCUGUAACUUCAAAGCGUCAAAAUGUUACUGUCAGUGAUUUGUUUGAAGCAACUACAGUCUCUAAGAAGUUGCAUCUGCCAGAAGUUCUUAAUGUUAAUACCCAAUCAGACCAUGUUGUACCACAUAGUGAUGUCGAAGGUGGUUUUGGACUUAUUCAGUCAGAACCUAUAAUAGAGGAGAAGUACUUCGUUGACGAGGUGCCUAAAGUUUCACAAGGGAAUCAGGAAAACUACUUCUCUGUAGACUUCAAGUUGCGUAAAGAUCGACUGUCUGAUGAUGAAGAAAGCGUAGAUUUGGAAAAUCGGAUACCCCUCCCAGAUCAGCCAUUUACAAGAAGUCACGAUGUGUCAACAUUAAUUGAAAAUAGUUGUCCCAACUUAAUUUCUGUACUUUCUGUUAAUGAAGUUUUAUCCAAUUGCUUGAAGGUUGAGGAUUAUAAAAACUAUAAUGUGUUCGCUAAAUAUGAUGCUGGAACUCCUACUUCCCGUUUAUAUAUAAAAAAUCUGUCACAAGCAGUAACAGAGACUGAUUUAUUCAAAAUAUUUGGUGUAUUUUCAAAUGGCCCUGUAAGUGAUAAUGAUUGGAAACCAAGCAUUUCAGUGGAUUCAACUGAGUGCUUUUCAGUCAGACUUUUGACGGAGGGUCGAAUGAAAGGUAACCGCGCAUUCAACUUGUCCUUUGCUUUUUUUAACGCAUUACAUUUUUACUUGAGUUAUGAUAUGUCAUUCUUUAAGGCAGUUAGUUAAAUUAUUAUUCGAUAACUUAGGCGCUCAAUUUACUCAAGAACACAAAACUAAAGUGGAGAUGAACUUCAUUUGACUCUUAUUUAGCGGAUCACGAGCUCGAACCCUGCUCUACCCAUCCAGUCUACCUUGAGAAUUGAGUAGUACCACACAUCAAAUCUUACUCGUAGCCUAAUACAUAAAGACAAUCGGGUAACUAACCUUGUCAUAAGAAAUGGAAAAACAUACUAUACUCAAGAAAACAGUUCGUGAUGUUGGAUGCUUAAUUAAAAGUCUUAUGUGUAAGGUUUUUUUGAAUGAAAGGGAAGACGAUUGCAUUUUGACUAAAAAAGAGUAUAAACAUUCAUUGUUUCAUCUUAUUUACAAAAUGUUACUCUUUUUUUCAGGUCAAGCAUUUAUUGGUCUUGCAUGUGAAUCAACCGCGAAACAAGCUUUAGAAACUACAAAUGGUUACAUGUUGUAUGGUCGUCCUAUAGUUGUUCAGUUUGCUAGAGGAGCUAAGGCGAAAGUGGAUGAGAAAAGUCUAAUACUAACAAACCAAUAGUUUUGGUCAUAAACAGAAGAAGAGAUUAUAAACUUUGUGUUUAGGUGUUUUGUGAAUAUAUCAUGUACAAAUUGUAAAUAAAUUUAAUAUUUUUCUAUUAUGAAAACUGAAUCUUUUAUUCACUUAAACUGUUGUUAUGUGGAGUAGU